AUGGCGUGUAACCCGACAAGCCAACACGCCAAGAUCCGAUGGAACAAAAUACGCAUCGGGAUAUAUGAUGUUAGUGUUGCUGAAGAAGUUUUCACAAUAACCCAGAACUAUGAUGACAUUACCGCGAUCGACAUCGGCUUGCUGUAUGAGAUCCUGCAGUUCUUAGCUGACCUGAACUCUGAUGCAAAUGUAACCGGUCUCAUAGUGGGAAUAGUAAAUAACGUGAUGUUUGUCGAAGAGGAGGUACUAGCAUCUGCCCAAAAGAAUGAUAAUUAUACGGCCCUCAUCAUCCAGGUCUUGGAAUUUCAGUUGAAUACCGUCGAUGUUGGCAACGGCACGCUUGACAGAGCUUAUCCUAACAUAGCAGUUCAGGUGCUUGACAUACCUUCGGACACUGCUAGAGACGGCAUAGUGAUCACCAUGUUAAGUAUGGACACCGGUUCUUUGAGCAACAGUGACAUCAUGGUAGAAACACACCAAGACACACCUACUGACUCUGUCCCAAGAGACACCUUUGCCAGGGUUGUUGUACCCAUCGAGGUGGCCCAAGUUUUCACUAAUCCAGAGGUCAUGGAAGGUCCAUCAAGUUCUAAUAACACUACCAAUGGAGACAGCCUCGGCACAACCACCGCUUCAGUAGUGUCCAGUGAUCCUGGGGAAACGAUGGGUGUGAGCGCUAUCGACUCUCUCAGGGUUGCUUUCGUUGUGUAUAUCAAUGAUGCCAUCUUUCCUUCACCAAGUCUUGCUCUACUCAACCGGGAGACACAGGAGUUCAAACGUGAGAUUAAUACUCCAGUGGUGUCCAUAACAAUCGGCGGACAGAAGAUAGAGAAUCUCAUGGAGCGUGUCAAUAUCACUUUCUAUAGAUUCGAGCCCGACUCACUUGAUCCUACUUGUAACUUCUGGGAGUUUAAUCUCGGUAAAUGGUCUAUGGAGGGAUGUCAGCUGUUACCUGAUAACGCCAUCAAUAGCUUUAGUAAUGAAUACUACACAUGCGCCUGCGACCACCUGACCAACUUUGCCGUGUUAGUGGACAUAUAUGCAGAGGACAAAUCUCCGAAACCUGCACUCCGUAUAUUGAGUAUUAUUGGGUGUGCUAUAUCAUGUGUGUGUCUGGUCAUCGCUAUCAUGUCCUAUCUUAGUGUCAAGAAGAUACGAAGAUCUCAGACUCACAAGAUUUUCAUCUGUCUUUGCACCACCCUGCUCUGUUUGUACACCGUCUCCCUCGCCAUCAUCGCUCUCGACACGGAGUUCCAGCAUGCCGAGGUCGGGUUGAUACCGUGUUCCGUCCUGGCGGCACUCGUCCACUACUUCGUGCUCUCUUCGAUUAUGUGGAUGGGCAUCGAGGGGUUUAACACUUAUCUGGUCAUCGUACAAGUGUUUAAUACUUACAUCCCGAAUUUCAUGAUCAGAGCUUCGAUUGUAGGAUGGGGUAUCCCAGCUGUGAUUGUUGUUGCAACUGGGGGGAUCACUAUAAAGUAUUAUGCCGUCGAAGAUUAUUGUUACAUCCGGAAGUGGCCCCUCAUUGGUGGUCUCUUGGUCCCAAUGGCUAUCAUCCUCAUCAUCAAUAUCGCUGUGUUCAUCUUGGCAAUGCGUCGUCUGCAAAAUUCUGCACGAUUUGAAGGACGUGUGAAGAAGGACUGCAAGACCGAACGACAAGAGACCCUAGAACGGAUCCAGAAUGGCAUCGCCAUGUUGCUUCUGCUUGGCUUCACCUGGACAACCGGAUACCUGACCCUGAUCAACGUGGACUUCACUGGACUCCUUUUCAUCAUCUUCAACUCCUUGCAAGGCUUCUUCAUCUUCGUCCUCUAUUGUCUUCGUAAGGCAACCAUCAGAAAGCAGUGGCGACGUUGUAUUUGCUGUGCAUUGUUGCGGGAAGGUGGCAGCGCUGAGUCCACAGGAAAUUCUGGACGAACACCACGAUCUACGAGUGGAACUGGAGGCUCCCAACCCAUGUUUGAAUCUUCGUCUGCCAUAUCUCAUACCAAUCCAUCUUUUGACAACUCAAAUAAGAUAUAAAAACCAUCAGGCUCUGAAGAUUCAUGUGCGAGCGAUGUAUCUCUUGUCACUUAUGUUCAUGAAAAUGUAUGAUGAAAAAAAAAGAAAAAAGAUGCAGAAACCAAUAAAUCGAAUCAAAUCGAAUCAAACUAAUAGCCAACAAAUAAUAGUAGACAUGAGAGACUUUGAUUUAAUUAAGGUAAUUUCCAAACCCUAAUGCAUUUCCUAUCGAAAUUAUAUACGGAUUAUGUAAUAUGGCAUAUUCGUGUUCCUACAUUUCAAUGUGUAACGCCCAUGUGUAUUGAAAUUGCCCGAAGUUGAUUUGUUUAAAGUCCUAGCGAUCGUGCUGUACAUAAAUGAAACCCUCUGGAAAUUUAUAAAAACGCUUUGUAAUUUUAUAUUUGCUCUUGAUGGUAGGGACUAUCUGACUUGUUUGAAUUAUUAUGUAUUAAUGAGCAUUAUAGGUUGAUACACAAUCAUGCAUGAUGUGAGUGUGGGGGUAUUUGUUUGAAAGAUUAAUUGACAGACUUUUAUAUAAAAAUAAUCAUAAUUAUGCAAUAACGCGAAAGGGUUGUAGAGGGGUAGUCUGUUUUUUAUUUUUUAUUUUGCUUUAUUUGUAAACAUUCCACAUAACAAGAUUGUCUCAAUAUGCAUAAGACUGAAAAAGAGAAUACAUAAAACAAUGUUAGACAUCUAACAUAGGGAAUCGAUGAUGUGAAAUUGUAAGGAACAUAUUAAAUAGCACAGUUUGUAAAUUAUAGGCUCCCGAAAUAAAUACAAAAUAUCGAUUUCUGAUUUCGAUAGCAAAAAAUAACGAGGUAAUAACAGUUUGAGUCACGGACACAUUCGCAUUUAGAAUAACAUGUAGACAAGGUUUGCGGCCACAAUUGGUGCUGCAAUAUGAAUAUUGUAGAUGAGAAGCAAUAUUAAAUAUGACUUCUGUGCCCAUUACAUUUGUGUUAUUAUUCUGAAUUAGAGGUUUCGUUAUGGGGUAGACAUUCAUUUUGAGGCAAAUUCAAAACUUGGCUUAAUACACGAAAAGAUAGGAAACGGUACAUUUCAUCAAAUAUCUGUUUCACAUAGGCCUAUCUUUUUCUUCAGAAAAUUUGUCAUAUGGGCAAAAGUCAUGCUCAUUUUCUAUUUCAAUAUGCAUGAGCUAGUUUCUGCUGAUGCACAUUCCGACUCCACUUUAACGCCCCAAAUACUGUUUCGUUGCUAUCUUUUUGACAAUUGUUUUCAGUUAUUGUAAAUUCUAAAUUGUAAUGUGUAUUGCAAGACCUAUCUGUCCUGAA